AUGGCGUCGCGAAGGGACUCGCUGCUAUCGGUGCGAUCACCGAAACAAAGAAAAUACUCGACAGACCGACACCAAAGACAGGCUCGACUCUCCAUCGCCAUUGAGGAAGGCCGGUCCCUGCGACCGCCGCUCGCCAAGGACGACGAGGUGUCCAAGUCUUUCCUCAAGGAUGUGUUCUCCCUGCCACAGUCGACCACAUUCACUCAGGCUGACACGUUCCCGUGUCCGCUGGAAGUACACCCGGGGAAGCGCGUUAGGGGGUUCUCCAGCGGCGCGGAAGAUGCGACGGAGCUGGAAUCUCUAGGCUUCAAGAAUCCGUUUGCCGAACCCAACGAAGCGCAGCAACUCGACAUCGAACAGCGCGGAGCCGUCAUACGACGCGCCUACACCGACAUCGAUGCGGAAGAGGCUCAUCUACGCAUUACGCGCUCGGCCUCGAACGCGCGAGUCCGCGCAAAUCGCCCGCUCGAUCGCCUCAGAAGAUGGGUGGGCAUCAAUUCUACCAUCAGACCCGGCGCUUUUACAGGGCUGGAAUAUGCUGCCGGGUUUGCGACCACGUAUGCCACUGCGAUUCUUUCGCAGAAUGCGGCCCUCGUGUACAAGCGAAAGGCCAUGUACGUGCUGGAAUACGAUCUUGGUGAGGACGAUGGUAGACCCCAGGAACUCAUAUGGACCAUGCUGAUCACACGAACCGCAGACGACCAAGGGGUGCUGCUCUGCGGACCGCCGAAGCGAUGCGAAACCGUCGCCAAGCUACGAAAGUACCUGGAAGAGGACAGCAAGCAGGACUCUCUCCUCCGACUGGUCUACGUCUGCAACAACGAGGAAGCGAUCAACUACCUGAGCGGCGCGUUUGGCAUCUCGGGCUCCAGCGCCGAAACCGAGGAACGCAGCUUCCGCGACUGGAUGCAGGACGACCGCGACCUGCGGAGGGCCUCGCACAAAGCUAUCCGGUGGCGGCCAGCCUUCGACAUGGCCAGAGGCGUCAUCUGCACUGCCUUUGGGCUGGAUUUCGGGUCCCUCGUCGUUGGGCCCUCGCCCGCGCAGACGCAGAACCAUAACCACCACCACAAUCACAGCCAGGCCCAGAACCAGAACCGCGUCGGCAAUGCCUCGCUCUACCGCCAACGCAUCGCCGUCUACAUGCAGCGAGCCUUCUCCGGAGCCCUGCCAGGACCGCGCGUGACUCGCUUCAACUCUGGAUCUCGCCACCUGCCCGACAUGGCGAGGAGCGACACCGUCAUCAUCUGUGAGUACUCGUCCGGAGAGGCCGGGGAGAUCGUUAGCGGAAACGUCCUGCUGGGCCUGUACCCCGAGCGCGAACGCGCACCGUCUCGGAAUGCCACCUCGAUCCCAACACUCCAGGCCGUCCUGUCCCAUGUCUUCGACGGCCUGUACCAGCUGUGGCGCGAUCAGAUCGCGCUGAUCCACGAGCCCCACGCCCUCCUAGAAGACCACAUCUACGCACACCCGUCGGAUUCGUCUUGCGCGCCCGACGUGUGGGCCAUGUCCCAGCGACUGCACAACAUGUUGAAACUGGUGAACCGGCACUCCAAGGUCGUCGAGGCCGUGCAGGAUGACUUCGCCAUCUUCUCCGAAGGAGAGCAUGGGUACGAGAGAAACUACGAGGACGCCAUCGGAACCGGUAUUGGCACCGGCACCGGCACCGGCACCUCGACCGGGACGAGUAGCAACAAGUGGCUUACGCCUCUGCUGGACGAUUUCGAGAUGCUCGCCGAGAAUAUCGUCACGGACUAUCUCCAGCCGUUGGAGCAUAUGAUUGACCUAUCCCUCGAACUGAACGCCAGCCUGUGGCGGCUCAGCUGGAUCACAUUCAUCUUCCUGCCCUUGACGUUCCUGGUCGGGGCGUUUGGCAUGAACGUCGACGCCUUUGAACAUUAUCCGAGUUUGAAGUGGUAUUUCGUGGCCGCCGUGCCGUUGGUAUGUACAUUCUCCGACUGA